AUGUUUCGCGCUACACCAAAGCCAUCAAACCUAUUAAAAUCAACAACUAGAAGAGUUGGUACAACGAUGAGAGAGGAGAGACCGACAAUGCCUCCACUAAAGACAGAUCCACCUGGAGGGAAACCGCCAAUGAUCGGUGAGACGGCCAAGUUCUUGGCAGGAGCGGCGACAGUUUCGACUCUCGGAUAUUUUGCCUACGCCCACUUCAACCCAAGGCGUCAGCCAAAUUACCGGCCAGACGCAAAGGCUCCAGACACAAAAGAGGCGAUCGAUUCAGCGAUGAAUAAAAGCAUAGUUCCUCCAAUGGUGACAAUCAGUGAUCCGAAUAAAAUGAGAGAUGAGUCGAGCUUCGCGGCAAUGGCGGACACCGUUGCAGCUGGCCCCUCUUCAGUCAUG